AUGGUAAAUCCAAAAGUGAUUUCUUCAAUGCCUCUCCAACAAGGCCGCUGUGAAACAAGUUGCAUCAUCUUCCUACAUUCCAUUCAUUCAAAGACACCUUCGAGAUGGCAAUCUUCAACAUUUCAAUGUCUUGCCCUAGUCCAGGAUCAUCAACCCCUACCUUCUCUGCUGCAAAGGCCGAUCCGACUUUGCCUUCCAGUUCCAUCCACCUACAUAGCCGAAUCCGUUCCUAGCCCAGCGAUUUCAGAAAGUAGGGGCAAUCACUCCUCUUCCUCGGCAAGCGACGUGCUCCGUCUCAUGGACGGCCUCCAGCUCCCGGUGGAGGCCGACACUUACGCCUACCUUCUUCAGGAAUGCGCCCGGUCCCGCGAUUUCCUUCAGGGAUCCUCCGUACACGCUCACAUCAGGCGUAGAUUCACUGGCGGCCGUUCUCUACUGCGCCAGCCUGCCGGACUUUUCCUUGCCAAUCGCUUGCUGGUCAUGUACGCGGCCUGCCAUCAGGCGAAACUUGCUCAACAACUGUUCGAUCAAAUGCCUCUUAGAGAUUCCAUCUCCCGGGUCAUCACCAUGUCCUCUCUCUCCGAGAAUAACGAUGACCUGGGGGCACUGCAGCUGUUUGUGGGCAUGCACCCGGGAAGAGAAGAUUGGUGGUUGGUGGAUCCCUUGGGAUUCAGAGUUGUUCUAUGGACUUGUGUUCGGGCUAGGGAGCUCCAUGGGCUGGUUGUCAAGCUCACAGGCUGCUCUUCCUUCAUAGAGUAUAUGGCUCCAUUGAUCCGUUUCUAUGCAAUGUUGGAGUGCCCAGACUUAUCUUUGCAACUGAUGUUGGCCUCUCCUGAUGAUUGCGAAGAGGCUGCUUGGAGCAGAAGGAGGAGAUGCAAGAUGCUCGCAAGCAUCCUCACAGCUUGUGUGGGAGCAAAUGAGGAGAAGGAAGGCUACGAGGGUGGUCAGCAGGUCCAUGUGAUUGCCAUCAAGAUUGGAGUGGAUGGAGAUCCUUAUGUGGGUUGCAGACUGGUUGAAUUGUACUCGAAACAAGGGCUUUUAAUUGAAGCAAGGAAGGCAUUAGAAAUGGUUGAUUUCAGAAGGAGACUUGAAGCGUGA